AGUACCAGAUCCAAUGCAGAAUGUACAACUCAAGGAAGCAGACACCAACAAAACUGAAGUUUAUUCAGUUUGGGCGAUUCCAUCGGAAGAUGUUAGUGUUAGGGUUAAGAAAUUGAUGGGUAGUCUUAGAUCGGAAUUUGGUGGGCCCCAAUUUGAACCUCACGUGACUGUCGUCGGAGCGGUGAGGUUAACGGAGGAAGAGGCACGUGACAAGUUUAGAAAAGGGUGGAAGAAGGUGUAUAGUGUUAAUGUGGAGAAAGUUGUGGAGGCUAGCGCACCCUGCUGCAGCAGCUUUGGUUACAACAGCUCAAGUCCAUAUAUGCCACAUAUGAGCAUUCUAUAUGCCGAUUUGACGGAUGAAGAAAAGAACAAAGCUCAAGAGAACGCUUAUAUCCUUGAUGAGAGCAUUGACAAUUUGAGCUUCCAGAUAUCACGCCUUGCACAUGUAGAUUGUUUGUGA